AUGGCCAGAAACGUUCCUGGCCUUUCCGUGAUCAUCAAGAGGUACGCUGGUUUCUUCGAUCCGACGCUGAACUGGACUGCCGCCAUGCAUAUCGAAAUGAUGAAGGCUCUUCUGAAUCUGUUCGAUGCCUUUGCGAAUAUAGGGCUGGCCCACAGAUCGGAACAUGGAAUAACGGGCAAUAAGGAGUCUCGGAAGACGGCACAAUAG